AAAGCGCCAUUUUCGGCGUUGUCACGGGACUACAGCAUGCUGUUGUCAAACAGAUAAUAAGACUAGUGGUUAGCGUUGUAAGGCCUCUUUCUCAGUAUUCCUCAAACAUGGGACGGAAAAAGAAGAAGCAGAUGAAGCCAUGGUGCUGGUACUGUAAUCGAGACUUUGAUGAUGAAAAGAUCCUCAUUCAGCAUCAGAAGGCAAAGCAUUUUAAAUGCCACAUCUGCCACAAGAAGUUGUACACUGGCCCAGGCUUGGCCAUUCACUGCAUGCAGGUACACAAAGAAACGAUUGAUAGUGUACCAAAUGCAAUUCCUGGGAGAACAGACAUUGAGCUGGAAAUCUAUGGCAUGGAGGGGAUUCCAGAGAAAGACAUGCAGGAAAGAAGACGGACAUUAGAACAGAAAUCACAAGAGAGCCAAAAGAAGAAAUCAAACAAUCAAGACGAUUCUGAUGAAGACGAUGAUGACGAUGAAGCAGGACCAUCAGUUCAGCAGGUUGCUGCUGUCCAGCCCCAGACAGGCUAUGCUGCUCCAAUGGCUCAGCCUGGCAUGCCUCCCGUGGCUGGCGCACCUGGGAUGCCUCCGGGAGGAUAUCAAGGAAUGCCUCCUAUGAUGCCAGGCGUUCCUCCCAUGAUGCAUGGCAUGCCUCCUGCUAUGCAUGGAAUGCCACCAGGGAUGAUGCCAAUGGGAGGGAUGAUGCCUCCCAUGAUGCCAGGGAUGCCCGGUAUUCCUCCAGGAAUGCCACCUCACAUGGCUCCAAGGCCAGGGAUGCCCCAGAUGGCCCCAGCCCCUGCAGCAGGGGCGAUACCCAGUCGACCGGCAGCACCAGCAGCCCAGCCCGCAGUCACCAAACCUCUCUUCCCCAGUGCAGCACAGAUGGGCUCUGGUGUUCACAGCAGCACAGCAACUGUAUCCUCUGCACCUGCAGACCUUCAGUCUGCCUCUUCCCAGCCUCCCUUUCCUAACACGCCACAAGCCCAGCAGAGCGUUUCAGGAGCUGCAGCUUCAAACUCCCACAGUACAGCCGCCUCCUCCGACCCUCCCAAAGCAACAUUCCCUGCCUACACCCAGCCCUCUGUCUCCUCUUCUUCUUCUACUUCCUCUUCUAACCCCUCUAGCAGUACUGUGGCUAAACCCCCUGCCACAGUGACCAGUAAGCCUGCCACCCUCACCACCACGAGUGCAACUAGUAAGUUGAUCCACCCUGAUGAGGAUAUCUCACUGGAGGAGAUGAAGGCCCAGUUGCCCCGUUACCAGCGUCUUAUACCCAGGCCGGGUCAAGCCCAUGCGGCUGCUCCCCCAGUGGCGGCUGUGGGCAGCAUAAUGCCGCCACAGCAAGGUUUGCCACCACAGCAGCCUGGCAUGAGGCAUCCCAUGCAUGGUCAGUAUGGUGCUCCUCCUCAGGGCAUGCCAGGCUACAUGCCAGGAGGGAUGCCUCCAUAUGGGCAGGGUCCUCCCAUGGUUCCCCCUUACCAGGGGGGGCCACCCAUGGGCAUGAGGCCGCCCGUCAUGUCUCCGGCUGGACGCUACUGAAGCAGCAAAGCAGCCACCACAUUAGGUUUGAGGUUUAACACCUUUCUCUCAUCCUUCUGCUUUUUCAAACCUAGCUGCAAGCAAAGAGCAGUAAGACCAGUGGUGGUGAAGACAAACAUUAUUUGUUAGAACACAUGGACAUUUAAUGUAACAUCUAUAUUGGAAAACAGCCAAACACCACAUAAGUUCCUAACAGUUAUUUUGUGGUUAUUUGAUUACAUGUGAGGAUAUAUAUAUUUUUUCCCCAUAGGUUUCACUCAGGUUUAUAGAAGUGAAGUGUGGUAAAAUGAUUCAUAUUUCUUUUGAAGCUGCUGGAGUUACAUGAACGUACCAACCCCUUACAAAGGCAAGUUUUUCUUGUAAACAUUUGAUUAAUUUUGUUGUGUUUAUUUCUUUGGUAGAGUGAUUGAGGCCCUCACAGCAUGCUUAGGUGCUGUUGGACUUGCGUCCCCAACCUUGGUUGGUGAGGGUCUCAGUAAUGAAAAUGAUUCCAACUGAGUAGGGUUACAAAUCCAUGACUCAUCAGUCUCUAGCUUUAUUCUUAUUUCAGGUUUGUUUUUAAUAUUUCCUGGUUAAAAGGGUACCUGUAUGCAUCCUUUGUAAUGUUUUAUGAAUCUGUUGUAAUAAAAUCCAUCUUGAAAUCCAAUGCUGGUUUGUCCUGACGUACGUGGAGGUGAGUCAUGAAGGUUUGUACUGGUGUUGCAUUUGUAGACUUCUUGCGGCUCUGUUAAACUGUCAGGUACUCUGUUAAACCAUCAGGUGUUCAUAGAAAAUCAGGUAUUUAAACACCAAGUUUGCCACCAUCUAUUUUUGUGGAGCUCACCUUUCAUUGUUUUAAUAAAUAACUGGAUAUUAUAAGUACAAAGUAAAUUGCCUUGCAUCAUUUCAGAAAUAGAGUGAAAUAAAAAUCUUGUGUACCACCAGCUACAAAACUAAGAUGUUGGCCAACUUCUGGUUCCAAAUACUGCAUGUUACCCAUGAUAUGAUGGAAAUAACUGCAAUCAUGAUACUUGCAGAUGUAGUACACUUGCACAUUGGUAAAAAAAGAAACAAAAUUUCAUUCCUGAUUUUUUUUUUUUUUUUUUUGGUCUGUACAUACAUGCCAGUACUCCAAACAUGCAUGAAUGAUUUAAUGUUAGUGUUUGCCAUAUUGUCAUAAUCAUACCCCCAUGAACUACAGGUCAAACAAUUAACCCAACAAUACAGUAGCACUGUGUUAAAGUCCAAUUAUGUGAAGCUCAGUUGUUCAUGUUUUGAGUUGUGAAGCUGAUUAACGUAACUCUUAGCUGACGCACAAAGUUGGAGAUUUGUUUGUUUUUUGACUUUCCCCUUUUCUCAUGGUGUUUUGCAGAAUGUGUGUCAGCAAUUCAGUGGUUAUGUGCAUUGCAUCAAGAAUGUUGCUUGCUCUUGUGUAAAUUGCUUAACUGUUGGAAAAUGUCUGAUGGUGGUUCUCAGAUGCUCACGCAGUCUGGUAAAUGGCAGAUGGUUUAGUUUCAGUCUGUAUUUUUGAGUUACAGUAGCACUUCCUUCUCUUGCUAGUGUGAAGUCUCAAAAUGUAAUGACCAAAGUACCCCCCCCCCCCCCCCCCCCCCCCCCA